AUGGUGGAAGCAUAUGCUGUGAAAUUUGAUGAAGAAUUAGUGAAGAUCCGCGCAGUAAAGCUGGAGGAGAUGUUGGAGCUCUCGCUGGAUUUUGUUGACCCACUGAAUCCACAUGGGGAACCGGGGCAUUACUCCAUGGGCCCUAGUUUUAUGGUCGAUAAUGCUACUCUCCUUCGGUGUACUCCGGUGCUAGAGCCAGAAGAGCCCACACACAAGUUACGUUGUUCCGGGUUCGGGCGAAUUCGGGGAUGGCCAUGGCCGUCGAAAAAAGGGAAAGUGCAUAAUGAAUUCUGCUCCUGGGCCAAGAAGAUGGAAAAACACCAUGCUGGUACGUGGAAGAAGGCUGGGAUAUUUGAUCUUAUACAAUUCUUAAUUACUGAUGUGACUGUGGAUGGGGACACCAAAGGAGUGGAUUCAGCAAAAGCCAGUGAAGGACAACAAAGGAGUCAUGGUGCCUGCAUCAAGGAAAAAUCCAAUAAAGACUCCAAGGAUUUGGUACAACAUAUCCGAUUCCUGGCACUCUGGCCGAACCGCUACAUAAUCUAUGGUGAUACAAACGUUGUAUCCCUCAGGAUAGGAUGUUGUUCUAAAAGAGGUGUUGCCAAUAGACUCAGGCAUCUCAAAAACCACUGUGGCAGACGAACAAGCCCCUCCAGUAGUGCCGAUGAAAGUGAUGAUGUCACAGCAGGCAAGAAGGCUUCAAAGAGGAAGCAAAUAGAUGCUGGGGAUAAAAAUUUAAAGUGUCGAAAGUCCAGCCGGCUGACUAUAAUGAAGAAACCAUCCGCCAGUAGCUCCAAGAAUGCCUUCGAGAUGGUGGAGGAAGAAGCCGAUAGUAGUCCUGGGCAACAUGUGUCAUCACCCCCUGAAUCAACUGGAAAGACUCCCCAGAAGGGUCCUACUCAGAAAACGAAUGUUACGGCUAUGAUCCCUGCGGAAGAGUUUCAAAAAUGCUUAUCCAAGCCAUUAGAAGAAACAGAACAAGUGGCAACACCGAGCUGUGUGCCGACACAAUCUAUAGGGGUAGCAUUAAUGGUGUUGUACGGUUUGUACAAGAUUCAUGCUGAAUAUGUGCAUGCGCCGUAUCACCAAGAACUAAAAGAGGCACGGAACACAAUCUUGAAAAGUGAUUUACCAGGAGCAGAAAUGGGAACAGUGGGAAUAUUUUUAGCAGGUUUUGAACAGAGAAAAGUUAGCUGCAAAAUCUGUGUGAAACAUGUGCAGGACUAUAAUCAUUUAGCAAUGGCAUAUCAGGAAGCAGAGGAAACAGCCAAGAUACUGCUUGCACAAGUUGUUGGAGCUGCGACAUAG